UGUGUCCCGAAAGGGGGAGAGCGGCGCUGCAUUAGCUGGCUAGCGGGUUAGGCUGUUCGCAGAGACGGGCCAGUGCGGCUAUGUAGCGACCGCCGAAUUGUUUUUGUGGCGCUCGCGUGUCUGUAUUCCAGGGGGAGACUAGGGAGAACCACCGGAAGGGGCAAAGAACACCCAGGGAUCUCUGUUUUAUUUGGAAGCAUGGGGUCUGCAUCAAUAAAACUGAGGUAAAGUGACCUUUAUUAGCGUUCGCUCAUGGCCAGUUUGAUGAAUUACCAGGACGGCAACGCCGCUAUGUUGAUGCUGGAGACACAGCAGCGCGCAAUCGGGACAAAAACGGCGGCGGCUAACGGCGACACCUCUAGCGGCGAGCCCCCCUCGUCCCUAAUCAAUCUCGGCGGCGCUCGCUUUCACCAACAUUUGCCGCCCUCGUAUGAACAGACUAUCCAGUCCAGGGAACGGCAUCAGCAGGCAAAUCACUUCCAGUCGCAGCAACAGUGUCCGGGGGAGGCGGCGGCAGCGGCGGGGGCUCCGGUGAGAAAGCCGUCUUCCUCCAGCCUGAACCUGGCGCAUGAAGAUGCCGCCGCGCUCGCGGCUUCAGCCGCUCCUGCGCUCCCCGCCGCCGGUUCGGACGGGGCGGAUGACAUUCGGAAAUGCGGCUAUAUGAGGAAGCAGAAGCAUGGCCACAAGCGUUUUUUUGUUUUACGAGGGGCAAGUCAUUUGGGCCACAGCCGACUGGAAUACUAUGACAGCGAGAAGAAAUUUCGAAACAGCCUUCGCUUUGCUGCUGCUGGUGGUGCCGCUGCUGCGGCGUCUCCACCCAAGCGGAUCAUCUGUCUUUACCAGUGCUUUACUGUAAACAAAAGGGCGGACUCCAAGCACAAAUACCUCAUUGCCCUGUACACUAAGGAUGAUUAUUUUGCCAUAGUGGCAGAGAAUGAGCGUGAGCAGGAGGAAUGGUACCAGGCCCUGAGUGACCUGAUGAACGAGAGCAAGAGGGGUCACCUGGAUGCAGACGAUCUGGAGGACAUGUAUGGCGCGGUCUCCCCGGUCACCGUCUUCAAGGAGGUGUGGCAGGUGAACGUGAAGCCCAAAGGACUGGGGCAGACCAAGAAUCUGACCGGUGUGUACCGGCUGUGCCUGUCCUCUAAGACCCUCCAUCUGGUGAAGCUGAAUUCCGAGACGCCCUCUGUGAGCCUGCAGCUGAUGAACAUCCGCCGCUGUGGUCAUUCUGAGAGCUUCUUCUUCAUCGAGGUGGGUCGUUCAUCCUCCACAGGGCCUGGGGAGAUAUGGAUGCAGGUGGAGGACUCUGUGGUCGCUCAGAGCAUGCAUGAGACCAUCCUCGAAACGAUGAAGGCACUGAAGGCCUUUGUGGAUUUCAGGCCCCGGAGCAAGAGUCAGUCAUCGGGCUCGAAUCCUGUAGCUUUCAUCACCACCCGCCGGCACCUGGGCAACCUACCACCCAGCCAGACAGGGCUGCAGCGCCGAUCUCGUACUGAGAGUGUGGUGGGCACCCCGUCCAGCUGCAAGGGUGGCAGCGCCUAUCGAUUUCGCACGUCCAGUGAGGGGGAGGGCACCAUGAGCCGGCCCUUCCGCUCGGCAACAGGCAGCCUGAUCCACCUGAAUAUGAGCCGCGGCAGCUUGGGCCGGCAGGAUGGCACUGGCCGCUAUUCGCGGGCCCCUUCUGGUUCCUCCUAUCACAUGCGCUCUGCCUCGCUCCCCGUUUCCCAUUUCUCAUAUGCCACCAGCCCUGUCAGCGUGUCCAGCAGUAGUGGCCAUGGUUCGGCCUCCGACACACUCACACAGCCCUCCAGCGCCUCCCUCUGCGGCUCCCCCAGCGAUGGCGGCUUUAACUCCUCUGACGAGUACGGCUCCAGCCCUGGGGACCUGCGUUACAUCAGAGUUCGCAGCGGCACUCCGGAUUCCCUUAGUAACACGCCGCCCAUCCGCGAGGAGAGCUGCCUGAGCGAGUAUAUGGCCAUGUAUCGGUACCGUGAGACGUGGGGAGGCCCUGAGACCACACGGGAUGAGAGCUGUGAUGAGGAGAAGGUAUCAUGGAAACAGGGCCACGCGUCCAGGCCAACAGGAGCUGGUGUCACUGUGUUCCAGAAGACGACUCAGACCACCUCUUUGCCGGAAGAAUCCGCGGUGGCGCCGGCAGCCAGCCCUCUGGGGAGCAACGGUUCAGCUUUCCUUAAGUCGGGCUUCAGCUGCUAUGCCGAGCAGCCCUGCUCGGCCAAGUCCUCGCUCUGCCCUGACCAGCACAGGAUCCCCCCCAGGGAUGACGGUUACAUGCCCAUGAUGCCGGGUGUGGUGCCCUCACAAGAGGACAACUAUGUGCCUAUGCAACCCAGCCCACGUCACCCCCUUCCUUCCCAGGUUCAAGCUACAGAGCAGACCCCCCCUCAGCAGCUGGAGACCCAGGGUUAUAUGAUGAUGCUCCCUGGGACCGGUGACCACCCGCAGAGUGGCGAGUACAUGGACAUGUCCCACAGUUUCCUCCCAGCGUCCAGCCAUCGCUUGAGCAGAGGCUGUCACACGCAGACCCUCCCCAAGAGCCCCAGGCCCUACAGUCCCUACUCUUCGCUGCCGCGAUCCUACAAGGCCCCCAUAAGGGAGAGCCAUGAGCGUGACGAAUACGUUCGCAUGAGGUCUCCCGCUAAGCACCCUGCGGCUGAAUGUGGCCCAAGCAGUCCGCCUGAUGAACCCCCCAGCCCCCUCGGUUCCAACGGGCAAUCCAGUUCGGACAGAUGGGGGCCACGGCCCAGUCGUCUCCCUUUGGACCGGCAUGACCGCUGUGGUGCCCCCGGGGGGAGGGAGGCCAGGAAUCCCCCAUCCAGUCCAGGGGAGAACAUCAACGUGGAGUUUGGGAACCGCCCGGCUGAGAGCUCAGUUUUCUCGCCGGAAUGUGCAGGUGAUGACUACAUGAGCCUGGAAGCAGAUGAGCAGCCACCUAAGGCUCGUUCCCCGCGGCCCUCACUCGUAGCACCAUGGAACCCCCCCAGCUAUAUCCGACCCCAGGCCGGUGGAGCCCCAGCAGACGGCUACGUGGAGGUGAGCCUCGGCACUGGAACAAGGAGCCCAUCAGGAAUGCUGCGUCAGCUGUCUGUGGCGGAGCAGUCAGAGCCCCUGAGCCGAUGCCGGUGCAGCUCUGAGGCCCUGCUGCCAUCCAACAGCUCUGCCCAGGCACCUGCCAGCCUUUACCAGCUGGAUGAUGCCAAAUGGCUGGGCUCCUCCACUUUCGACAGCGUCUGGCCUCACGUCGAGGGCGUGACUUCCCCUGGUGCCGCCACCCUGCCCGUCCCCACCAACGUAGCCUGUAACCCCAACCAUCCCACGUGUCAUGAGGGCCCCAACCCCCGGGACGAUCUCAACUACAUCGCGCUAGACUUAAGGCAAGACCGCUGGUCUGGUCAUGAGGCCUCCUCACCGGCCCCAUCCACGCCCCCCACCACACUUCCACUCUCCGAAAACAGCACCUACCCCGGCCUGGACUUUGCCAGGGUCGACAGACUGAGGUCUGCCUCGCAAGACUGAAGAUGCUUGGGUCAUCGUCUCCGGAUGUACAUGUCACCUGUGAAGAGGGACGGUCGGUGGAGGUCCUUCAGUUCGACAAGCCUCAAGGAUACGCCCUCGGGAUGGGACAUGUGGGCCGGGUCGGUUCAGACCUCUUCACGGAGCAGCAUGCCGCAGCUGCCUGUCUUCUGUGAAUGUUUUUAUUUCUUCUUUUUAUAAAAGUGAGGCUGAACGGGAGCCCGUCUUAAAAAACGGCUCAGUUUGUUUUAUUAUUAUUAUUGUUAUUGUAUUGAUUUAAUUUCCUUCUCUGACUCUGUGAAAAGUGGGGCUAGCGUAAGAAUACAAGCCUGAUUGGGACACAUGCACAAGCACUGCUUGCACAAGUGACAUUUUCAUUUUCAUAUUUAUUGCCACUUGGGUUUCAGGUACGUUCUUCUAAUUUAGUCUUUUUAUUGCUCAGAGGUACGAAGGCAUUCGCUUCGGUAUGGAUGGUUUCUUGGGCUGGUUCCAGUGCUGCGGGUCUCGGGGAAGGCCUUGAGUGACAGGAGGAGUGACCCAACACCAGAUCCGAUUGGGCCUGGCUGUACAUUCCUACUUUACUACUAUUGGCCAGUACCAUAGGCCCUGUUGCACAUCCAUGCAGCCAAUCACAUGAGGGGUAUCAGUAUUAAAAUUAUCCCAAAUUAGCAAAAUUGGCAUUAAAAAAAGAUUAGUGAUACUGAGCAUGUUUUUAUUUUUAGAUUUGAAAUUGAUUCAUUUUUAAGCUGCCUUUAACAGAUUCUUUAAUUCCACUUAAAUUUCAAUGUUUACAAAUUGAAAACCCCAUACAGGUUCUGCCAAAGUUGAUAGUGUUUCUCAGUUCCAAGGUAUGUCAGGAAAUCAUGUUAAGUUUUUUUUUUUUUUAAUUUUGGUUGUAUUGUAUACCUGGGCAGUUUUUAUUACGCAAGUAUUUCAAUGUUUUUCUGUUUUUCAAGUUGAUGUAGAGUGUCACUGAAAAGAACCUCACACAACAGUCAGUAAUGAGUCAGAUGUUAUUUCGUUCAAUGUACAGUUUAGGCAGAUCCUUUUUUUUUGUUGGCAAAUGUAUUUUUGAAUCUGAACAGCUGCAUAACAUGAAUGUGUGUAUAAGAUAAUGGCAGGAAACACAAACCCAUAUCCCUGCCCAUAACCAGUCUUGUCUGAGUUGUAGGUCAAACAGUCCUUCUGAAGAUGGUUGUGCCAAAAAAAAACAAAAAAAAAAACACGUUUCUCAGUGGUUUUACGGUAUGUGACACUAGUAAUGGGUGAAGUAUGUUCUUCAUGUCCAAAUUUGUUUGACCACACAGAGGUGUCCCUUCAUCUGCUGUUACAUGAGUAUUUCUGACUGAGCGGUACAAGUUUUAUAUUUGAUUGCUGUUACCAAGGUACAUUUAUAUGAAUGGUCUUAUUUUUUUCUACUGUGGAGAACACUGUUCUUAGUGUUUAUUUCUAUUGUCAGAAUUCUUUAAUUCCUCUAAAUGGUACAUACAUAUUGGUAUAUAAUACAUGCAUUGACAAUUCAUUUUUAUAUAGAUAAAUAUUAUAUACGCAUACACAAUAUAACCUGUCUAAAAUAAUGCCCCUAAAUUACUGGGGGAUCACCUGUGCCCUUUUUUUUCUUUCUGAAAAGAUGAAAUGAAAGUGAAGAGAAUAGUUGGCAUGUCAGGUUCUAGGGUGUGGUGGCUUAGAGGUUCUAUCCAUCUGGUUCCACCUGGAGAGGAAGCCGUUUCUCCUGGUCACUCCUGUAAGGGUUUACUUUAACGGAAGCCCCCACAGCUGGCGUUCUGCAAUGCAGGGUGCACUUUCCACUGGGUCACCAGACUGGAUUGACGUUGUGAUUAUUAUUAUAGUUAUUAAUAAUAUAAUUCUUUAAGGAGAGGUGGGGUAGACCCAGGUACGUGAGUAUGAUGAGAGAAUCUAUUUGCUGGGUUUGCUGCUGUGAAUACUGGUCUGCCCCACCUUUCUCUCCCCCAGGGCAGAAGUGAAGCUGUUGUGUGUUGUGUCAUCAUCUGUCAAGUCGACCGUAAGAACCUGCAUUUUUCUUGUCAUUUUUUAUUUGAUUCCUCAUUAUCAGCUCCGAUUUUUUUAUUAUUAUUUUUUUUUUUUUUUAUUUCCAUUCAGUCAGAUGUUUCCUUUUCACAGAAUCAUCUGUCAACAAGGACCCAAACUUGACUCUUGUAAGGCAUUUUUUCCCAUGGUACGUACUGUCUGGUGCACCUCAGUCCAUGGUAAUAACUAGGUAUGUCUGUGGUACUGAAAAUGGGCAGUUGGUAUGCGUUCAUGGUGACAUUGUAAUCUUUUGGGACGGGGCUCUCUUAUCCAUUUCCAUUGGUUCUUACUGGGUUUCUUUACAGAUGGGAGGUCAUGUGAUAAUGUUCACUUUGACAGGGAGGUUAAAAGCCAUGACAACAGCCAGUGAUUCUGAGACAGUAUUUUCUUUAGACAUCAACCUUCAUAAUGUCUUUUCUUUACAUGUAAAUAAAAUGACAAUAAAAGGAUGUGCUGAA